UGUGUGUCGGCGGGGCAUUGAGGGUCCGCGUGAUUCCUGCAAGUGAUCCAGAACGGUCCAGGGUAGGGAGCUGGCGGAGUCCAAGAAAUUGUCCUUGAAGGUGGGGUGCCCCGACGGACCCUUGGGGCCCAGCAGAGACUUUUAAAGGGAGAAUCACUAUAAUUAUUUCUAACAUCAAAUCCAAACUACUGACCCUUGGAUAACAGUGUAAUUAUAUGAAAUUAUGGCUGGUUAUAAACCUGUAGCUAUUCAGACAUAUCCUAUACUUGGUGAAAAAAUCACUCAAGAUACACUGUACUGGAACAAUUAUAAGACCCCUGUUCAGAUCAAGGAGUUUGGAGCAGUAUCGAAAGUAGACUUUUCUCCACAGCCUCCAUAUAAUUAUGCUGUCACAGCUUCCUCAAGGAUUCACAUUUAUGGCCGAUACUCCCAAGAACCUAUAAAAACCUUUUCCCGAUUUAAAGACACAGCAUACUGUGCUACUUUUCGACAGGACGGUAGAUUGCUUGUGGCUGGCAGUGAAGACGGUGGAAUUCAACUUUUUGAUAUAAGUGGGAGGGCUCCCCUCAGGCAGUUUGAAGGCCAUACAAAAGCAGUUCAUACAGUAGAUUUUACAGCUGAUAAAUACCAUGUGAUCUCUGGAGCUGAUGAUUAUACAGUUAAAUUAUGGGAUAUUCCAAACUCCAAAGAAACUCUUACAUUCCAAGAACAUUCUGAUUAUGUGAGGUGUGGAUGUGCUAGUAAAUUGAACCCGGAUCUCUUUGUAACAGGGUCAUAUGAUCAUACUGUGAAGAUGUUUGAUGCACGGACAAAUAAGAGUGUUCUUUUUGUUGAGCACGGGCAUCCAGUGGAGAGCGUCCUGCUUUUCCCUUCUGGAGGUCUUCUGGUAUCCACAGGAGGUCGCUAUGUUAAAGUCUGGGACAUGUUAAAAGGAGGACAGUUGCUAGUGUCUUUGAAGAAUCAUCACAAAACUGUGACGUGUUUAUGUCUGAGCAGCUCUGGACAGAGGUUACUCUCUGGCUCACUGGAUAGGAAAGUGAAAGUAUAUAGCACAACUUCCUACAAAGUAGUUCACAGUUUUGAUUAUGCAGCUUCAAUUUUAAGUCUUGCACUUUCACAUGAAGAUGAAACAAUAGUUGUAGGAAUGACCAAUGGAAUACUGAGUGUUAAACAUCGGAAAUCUGAAGCAAAGAAGGAUUAUCUUCCCAGGAGAAGACGACCUGCAUAUCGAACCUUUAUUAAAGGAAAAAAUUACAUGAAGCAACGGGAUGACAUUUUGAUCAACAGGCCAGGAAAGAAACACCUAGAAUUGUAUGACAGGGAUCUGAAAAAUUUUCGAAUCUCUAAGGCACUUGACAGAGUUCUUGAGCCUGACUGUACGAUAAAGACACCUGAAAUUACAGUUUCCAUCAUAAAGGAGCUAAAUCGAAGAGGAGUCCUUGCAAAUGCCCUUGCAGGUCGGGAUGAAAAGGAAAUUAGUCGUGUUCUUAAUUUUUUGAUAAGGAACCUGUCUCAGCCAAGAUUUGCCCCUGUUUUGAUCAAUGCUGCUGAAAUAAUUAUUGAUAUCUACCUGCCUGUGAUUGGUCAGUCACCUGUAGUUGAUAAAAAGUUUUUGGUACUUCAGGGACUUGUAGAAAAAGAGAUUGAUUAUCAAAGAGAACUACUAGAAACCUUGGGGAUGAUGGAUAUGCUGUUUGCUACCAUGACAAGGAAAGAAAGCACUUCUGUGUUCAAACAUACAGCUGAUGGAUUUCUCGAGAACAAGCAGAUAGAAUCAUAGUGUCUGCUUAAUAAGACAUAAGAACUCCUAACUUGGAACAGAUUUGACUCUAUUAACCAUUGGAAAGAGAAUCUCUUUGAUACAUUAAGAAAACUAUUUACAGAAGCAGUUUUUUGGAAGAGACUGGAAUAAUUAUGAUUGGUAAAUACCUAUUUUAAGACAUGGUUUUUCAUGUAAUAUUUGGAAUUAUUUUAUGUCAUCUUCAGCUAGAAGAUCUAAAUUGACAUGGUCACACUAUAUAUCUACAUUGGAUGAGUUGAUGUUAAUUUUAAUACAGCAAAGUUUUCUAUCUACACUUGGGUAAGCAUUAAGAAGGGAGUUCAAACAUGGACCCUCAGGAGAGGGUUCCAACUGGGAAUUCUGCCAAAGGAACAGAGUCUUGUUUUUUUUUACUUCUAUCCUGGAAAACAACAAAAACAAAUGGCAACAGCAACAAAAAACUCUUCACUGUAAUCAGUGCCCUUGGGAUUUCCAGGCUCCUGCUUAGCUUGCCUCUCCUCUCCUUGAUAUUGUCACUUGUCUUAGAUCACGUGCUAAUCUGCUUCAGCUGGUAAUAGGACGGUAUGUGUUUCAAGUGUGGCAAAUCAGGGGUCAGCUCUUAAUAAUCAACACUAGCUGGCUAAAAAUUGUGCUCCAUCCCAGGUUUUUCUUUUUACUUCUUUAAUCUUGAUUGUCCUUAUCAGAACAAGGUCUACAGAUAGACCUUAUUGGACCACGUUUUUUUCCCCUUCCUUUCAGUAUUCAGUCUUUCUACCAAAUUUUCAUUUUUGCUUAGGUCAGGGGAAUGACCUUUCAGCCUAUUUUAUAUAUUUGUUUGGAACUUAUUUUGUAGCCACCUAAUCCUCUGAGAACUAUUUUCUCUGCUUUGUCUUUAGAUUUUUUUCCCCAUUGUUCUUCAUAAUCAUCUUGUUUCAGAACCCCAAACUGGAGCAGUUUGCUUUGAAAAAUAGCUGUGUUUUUGAAAGUUCAAUAUAAAUCACAUUUUUUUAUAAAGAGAUUUUUAUUUUCUUAUUGGCUUUCUGAGAUGUAUUAAUUCCUGAUGGAUAGUCAAUGGAUAGUGACUCUUAGCACACUGAUGUCACAAUUGCUACCUCUUCUACCUUCCCUCUAUUCUUACCCCACCUCAAUUAAUUAAUAAUCUGUAAAGAAAAAUGUCUUGAGCUAGAAGAAUCCUUAGAGGAAGAUUUUGUAAUGCAAAUCUCUCAUAAUUUUAGUUCUGUAAAUUCAGCUUUUUUUAAAGCAGAAAAAAGUGGCAUACUUAUAUGUUCUAGUAAUGGCAUAUGCUCAAAAUGUUCUAGUAAUGGCAUAUGCUCAAACAUAGGGUCUAGUUUCUCUUCUGCAAAUUGAUUUAAGCAAUCCAUGUAGUACAAUGGCUUGUAAGAUAUCAGGAGUUUGCUUCCCUGAGUAAUGAGGUUAGUCAAGAUCAGAAACUUCAGGUUGAAGAGAGUUAAUUUAUUUAAACAAUUUCUGUUGAAAAGCUUUUAAAAAAAUAAACUUCAAAAGUAUGCUGAUAAUUUGCAUACUAGUAAAAAUGAGAAGUUGAAAUUCUAUCUAAAACUAUAGCUGCCAUCUGGUAGGUGACAUGUGACAGGAGUUUUCCCAUACAUUAUUUCAUUUGAUUCUACAACAACCAUCUAAGGUUGGUAUUAUUCUCAGUUAAAAUUGAAUUAACUAAAGAAGUUCAUUCACUUGAAGUUCCCAAACUUGAGUGCUUCAUCAUCCCAGCACUGUGAACUGGUCUGCCUGCUAAGGCUAAACUACUCAAUAAAACCUCACUGAGUGCUAUAGUUCUCAAAUGAAAUAUGUAAUUAUAAAUUUUCAAAAAGGAAACAAUCCCCAUAAUCAUAAAUACUUUAAUGUUAAGUUCAGGAGUUUUUUACAUUCAUUGAGACAAACUAUAGUAUUUACUAUUUGAAGUAUUUAAACACAAUUGGCAUAUUACAGUAUGUGACAUUGGCCUUAAGAUUCUAAUUAAAAAUGCCUAGCAGAUUUUUACACUUAGAAUUUUUAGUUCAGAGGUAUUUUUAAAUGUUACUAAGCCUACAAAAAUAUUGAAAUGUUUUUCAGAACUUAGAAAGUCACUGUAUGUUUAAUUUAUUAUAUUUAUAAGAGUUAAGCAUCCAGGAAGGUUUUGCUUGUUGGGUCAAACAUUUGAAGUGCUAUUUAGAAAAGAAUCAGUCUAUGGCCUUACCAUUCUGAACGUGCCCAAUCUUUUCUAAAAGAGAAUUACAUUCCUUGAACCUAUAAAUGCUAUUAAGUCAUUUAAAAGAAUUUGAAUUGUAAAUGGGACUGUUAAAUUUAGUAUGUUCAACUUAAAUGAAUUCUACCAAACAGUUAAAGGCUCCCUUGAAAGUGAGUAUUAAAGUGUAUUCAUUUUCUAAGUAGAAUAUUUGUAAGUUAAACUUACAUGCUUAAGGAGAUAUUUUAAAUGCUUUAUUUUAGCUAUUUUAAAUGCUAAUAUUUUAGCAAGUAAUUAGUUUUUCCUAUGAACAAAAUGCCCUCUUAGACUCUGAAAAAAACACUCUUAUUGGUAAGUAGGUGUCAGCAUGACUAUUCCUUCAGUCAUGGGUAACUGGACCAGAAGUGUGGGUCAACUGACUCAAGCCUUCUCUUACCAGGGAUUUGUAACUGGGACUUAUAAGUUAUUCAUGAUCUUGGAAAAUGUGGGAGGUGGGGAAUGCUGUGUUUGGAUCAUCAGGAGAGAAAGCUUGUCUGCAGAGAGAAGGGAGAAUGAAACCUAGUGCAGAGAAAAUAAAGACAGAUCAUCCUACCUUAGGAUGAGACUAGAUGAGAGAGAAACAGUCUUAGUUCCUGAUGGCUAUGUCCCUUAUUCUGGCUGUACUUCCUCCCCCCAGAGGUCCAUGAGAUUCUUUGGAACCCCUCUAAUAAAUUAUUUUUGCUUAGA